GUCCCGCCCCGCCGCCGCGCUGCGCCCAUGGUGAUUGUGCAUCGCGGCGCGGAGCCGGGGCAGCGCUCCGACCUGCCGCCGCCGCCUUCCCACCCCGCGGCCGGGCCGGGUCGGGCCGGGCCGGGCGCCCAGGUGUUGGUGUCUUCAGGCUCCUUUAGGGUUUAGUUCUGAGGAAGCAGAGACACAGGGAUUGAAUCUAUUUCACACACAAAACUACAGCUCCACACCAGUAUUCUUUUCCCUUCGUCCCAUCCCUCCUCUCCCACAGGGAAGUUUAGUUUGGUAAUUACCUUAACGGUCAUUCACUCCCCUUUCCCCCUUCAGAAAUCUACCUUGGUCCUUGAGGCAUCAGGUAGACACUGACAGUUCCAGGUACAGGGGAACGUUCCCAUCAUCGUUCCGUGCGUGCUUUGGGAGCUUCAGCAGCACCCUUCCCUCCGUCGGAGUGCGGUGCAGAGGAGGCAUCCAGAAGACCUGCUUGCCCUCCCUCUCCGAGCAGUAGUAGGGAUCCGGGAGAAGGGGUACCUGCCGGGGCACGUGACGUCCUCACGGAGCCAGGGCCGAAGCAGCACUCGGCACGCCGAAGGAAGCACCUCUUUGGCACCUUCAUCAUCUUCCGCUCCUCCGGCACCAAAUCUCUGAGAAUUUCCAUUGAAAAGAAACCUUGAAGGUUGCAAGACAAGUCCAAGAUGUGCAGUUCAGUUGCUCCCAGGCUGUGGUUCUUAACAGACCGUCGCAUCAGAGAAGAUUACCCUCAGCAGGAGAUCUUGAGAGCCUUGAAGGCCAAGUGCUGUGAAGAGGAGCUAGAUUUUCGGGCCUUGCUGAUGGAUGAAGUGGUCCUGACCAUUGAGGAUGGAAAUCUUGGUCUCCGGGUGAAUGGUGAGCUUAUUACUGCUUACCCACAGGUGGUGGUUGUGCGUGUACCAACACCUUGGGUCCAAAGUGACAGUGAUAUCACAGUCCUUCGCCACCUAGAGAAGAUGGGUUGUCGAUUGAUGAAUCGUCCCCAAGCCAUCCUCAACUGUGUCAAUAAGUUCUGGACGUUUCAAGAACUUGCUGGUCAUGGUGUACCCCUCCCAGACACCUUUUCGUAUGGUGGUCAUGAGAAUUUUGCCAAAAUGAUUGAUGAGGCGGAAGUGCUGGAGUUCCCUAUGGUGGUGAAGAACACGCGGGGUCACCGAGGCAAAGCUGUAUUCCUGGCACGAGACAAGCACCAUUUGGCAGACCUGAGCCAUCUGAUCCGUCAUGAUGCCCCUUACUUAUUUCAAAAAUAUGUUAAAGAGUCCCAUGGCAAGGAUGUACGUGUCAUCGUAGUAGGAGGCCGUGUGGUGGGCACCAUGCUCCGUUGCUCAACAGACGGGAGAAUGCAGAGUAACUGCUCACUUGGUGGUGUAGGGAUGAUGUGCUCACUGAGUGAACAAGGCAAGCAACUGGCAGUCCAAGUAUCAAACAUCCUGGGGAUGGACGUGUGUGGCAUUGACCUGCUGAUGAAGGACGACGGUUCAUUCUACGUCUGCGAGGCCAAUGCAAAUGUAGGUUUCAUUGCCUUUGACAAGGCUUGUAAUCUAGAUGUAGCUGGUAUCAUAGCGGACUAUGCCGCUUCUCUUUUAACCCCCGGUCGCUUGACGCGGCGCAUGUCCUUGCUCUCUGUGGUGUCCACGGCAAGCGAGACUAGCGAGCCAGAGCUGGGCCCUCCAGCUAGUGCCGCUGUCGACAAUAUGAGUGCUAGCUCCAGCUCUGUCGACAGCGACCCUGAGACCACGGAGAGAGAGUUGCUCACCAAGCUCCCGGGGGCUCUAUUCAACAUGAACCAGCUAUUAGCCAAUGAGAUCAAACUUCUUGUGGAGUGAUGCCACGUGUAAAUAGAUGACCAACAGAACUCUCUCUUGUAAAAAUUUCCUUUAAACCAACUUGCAAUGCUGUUUAUCAGAGAAGCUCAGAGAAAUGAGGAAAGGGGAGUCAAUCAAGAGAGCAAGAUUAAAAGACAUGCGUUCUGUGACUGCUGCCCCUAUGUUUUUGCAGAACAUAGUACUGUGUUCGUUCUUCAGCAUCAGUUUUCUAAUGAAGAUGCUCAAUUCACAACCUAAAUGGGAGUUUUAUUUGGAUGCUGCUUUGGUCCCCAGACAUAUUGCAGUGCACAUGUGUUCACAGGAAAGCAUUGAAGCAUGAUUCACUGGAAGAUUUUCAGAAAGCUCUGGCAGCUCUCUAGAAACUUCCGGGAAUUAAUGCAGCAGUUAAGUCUCUUCUACCUCUGUAAGGCUUGAUCCUGUAAAUUGCUCAGUGCCUUUAGUUCUCAAUGAGAGUUGAAGGUGUUAAAUGCCAGGUAUUUCAAUGUUCCUGGACACCUACUGUUCCCUCUCUUGUAGGUGGGAGCUGUAGGUUCAGCAUACUUUUAAAGUCAUCCCUUUCUGACCUUGCAGGAUAUGGCCCUUCAAAUGAUGAGGCAGAGAGAAGUGUCGUUUGACUUAAUGUGAGCUUUCUGUACAAGUCUCUAAUUUGUGCCGUCUUGAUAUUAAUUGGCAGCUUUGUGUCCAUAUUUCUUUAUAAAGCUUUUGAAGGAGGAUUUCUAGAACUUAUGCUUUUCUCAUUUCAACUCCAGAUUUUGGAAGGUAUGCAGGGGAAUUUCUCAUUAUAUUUGUGGCAGAAGUGUCACGUUUUAACUAUUUUUGCAUGAUUGGAGGAGAUAAACAGCACUGUAAUGUUUGGUAUACAAAAUAAUGUUUAAUCCAAUGUGAAAAAGAAUUACACUAGUUUAAAACAAACGUGCAUUGACUUGUAUUUGUUAGUGUUUUAGUCUUUUUGAGAGAGAUCUGCAAUGUUAAUGUUCUUUUUUUUUUUAAUACAUGCUAGUCCAACACUCCCUUCUCUAUGCCUGCAUCUUUAACAGUGGCCAAAGUGAAAACACUGCAGAAUAUUUGCUAAGAAAACACUGAGUGAAAGCCUGUACAGUUUUUUUUUGGGAGGGGAGGGUGAUAUUUUUUGUUCUUCGGGGGGAGAAAUGUGGUAAGUGUGGAGGAGUGAAAAGUUGGUUAAAAGUGAUUAGAAUUCUAGAGGUACGUUAGAAUAAAGCUGCAGUUCAUACAAUACUUGCAAGGUUUACUUUUUCCCCAUUGAAAAUACUUAAAAGCUGAUGUCAGAAAUCCAAAGAGCAUAACUGGGGAGAAAUACUAAAUUCUUAGUUUUGGGAAACAUGCAGCAAAUUAAAUUUAAAAAAAGAAAAAAGGAAAAAAAAAGAGAGCUCAGCCAGAAUUAAAAAAAAUAAAAAUAAAAAAAUAUAUAACCUAGGUCCAUAUACAAUUAACAAAUUGAUCCUGGACCCUUAUGUGUAUGUGGUGUGAGUGCACACACUUGUGUGUUUGUAUAUGCACAUUUGCUUUGCUUCAUUUCCUUUUGGGUUUUGGCUGUUUAGAUCCUAUACUUUUUCUAGGCUGCCUGAUUUUUCUUAGUCCUUCUGGCUGUGCAUUUUGUCAUUACCCUUGAGCUGUUUUGGAAAACAGAUAACCAAAACAGAUAUACUGAGUCCAUUUUUCAGUCCCUAUCUUCCCCCUCCUUUUCCUCCUCCUCCUCCCUCUGUUCUCAUUCCUUUCCCAUUUUCUGGGUCCAUAAAGCCCUGGAACUAUAUAUAU